ACAGCUCAAAUGUACAAUUACGUUUAAAGGUCGGUUAUUGAGAUUUAUAACGAAAUAACUGACUACAUUUUAAACAGUUACAUAGUAAAUGUUUUGGAGAUAAACAGUUAAACAUGUCUCGCGGGAUUAUUUUUGUUUUGCCUAUCUUGGUAAUAUGGUGGGUUAAUAUAUCAUGUAGCGUUUCAAUUGAAAAUGACAAUACCGACAUUCUGAAGAAACUCGCAAAGGAUUUUCAGAAAAUAAGAGAUAAAAAACAGUUCGCUGUUUUGUAUAUUCCAAACAAAAAUGCUGUGAACGGGAAAGUGGACUAUCGACCAACAUAUCCAAACGUCGUAAAAAGCGUUGUAUAUCCGCCAAUAACAGAGGAGAAUAAAAAAAGUAAGUCAUAUCCAUUUACAUACAGUGGAAUGACUCCAGACUACGGAGGAAAAUCGUUUGGGAAAUAUCUUGGACGGAAUACUGUACAAAAUAUUCAUACCGAGGACCUGGCAUUAAAUUUGGUCUUUCCUAUGAUGAAGAAUUGGUUUCAUACUGCAAAUAUGGGUCAAGUGUCUCGGGUGUACCUGUACUCAUAUUUUCUACCUUGUCCGGACUGUACAAACAUUAUACAAAAUUUCUUAAAUGCAAAUAAGGGAGUCAGUCUAUAUAUUGGAUUUUCUCAAUUGCUAGGAGGGUAUCCCAAUGAAACACCAGCCGAUGCUAGAGCUAGGAAAUUUAAGUUACAAAAUAUCAUCAAAAACAGGGGCUUUCUGUACGACUUGGGUUGCAACAUAUUUAAAAAGCGUCGUAGGCGAGAUCUUGAUGACAUAUGUAACUUGCAGAUGAGUGCCGGAAUAUUCUCCUUACUGCUUAACUUUUCAGAUGGUACCGCGUCGGUCUUAAUUGACGGUCUGUCUAAUGCAACAGUUUACCUGAAAGAUAAGAACAAUAACGUUUUAGAGUCAAGAGCUGUCUCCGAUAUUGAAAUAAAACAUGUAUCAUUUGCAGAUAUUUACAUGACCGAGGGUCAUUAUGCUGUAUUACACAAAGAAGAAAAGAAGAUUAAACUUCAAACAGAACCGUGGAAACAGUGCGGUUUCGCCCGGAACGUAAUGUAUCAUUUACCGGAUAACUAUGGAGAAACGAACAUUCAAUUACACAUUCUAGAUGGUUCACCUUCUGUUUGUCUUCAAAGCAAAAACUUUGAUAUCAUGAAAAAUGAUAAGAUAUUAAUUGAAGGACUAAAUCAAACUUACUCUCCUAUUGAAAUAACAAAUGCACACGUUCGACAGUUUACGGUGUCUGGAUCGAGGAACACACGUUGCUUCUCAUUUUCCCGACUAAGCAAGAGAUUUUCUCGUGGAUUUCGGGCUAAGUUUACGGUUUGUUAUUCUAACAGCACAUGCACAUACGGAGGACUGUAUGAAAAUGCUUCGCCAUUCUGGACACCGGAAACGUGUUAUUGUGGCAAGUGUUAUGGUUCUGAAAAAAACCUGAUCGGAUCUGCUGGCCUAGCCCAUGAUGUCAUUACGUCACAGUUUCUUUUGCUACUCGCUAAUUUCCUUCACUUGGUUUUUGCUUACGUACGUUAAAACUGCAUAUGUUUAGAUGAGCGAACAUAUUUCAAGAAAUAAUGAAAAUGUACCCAGUUGAUAAAUUCAAGAUUCAAGUCGGCGUUUUUAUUACUAGGAGUCAUUUACUCAAUGAUUUUGGCUGUGGCUUCCAAAAUGAAAUGCUUUUCCUUCUUUAUCUAUAUAAUGUGACUUCCAAUGUCAGACAAGAAGUUCAUGUAAUAAUAAUAACUGAUUUUUCAAUCUUUAUAUCCAUAUUGCCAAACUGUGUUUGCAAAUCUUGACAUCGUUUUUGUAAUGUACAUUGAUUGUAAGUGUCGUUUGCAAUGUGUAAAUUACUGUCUUUGUUCACUUCACAAUUUCUACUUAAAAAUACAUUUUCAAAAUUGUCAUGAAAAUUUAGCUGAAAUGAAUCUGGAGGCUAGUUGCUUUAUUUCUUUAACCUAUUAUAGAUGAAUUAGAUGUCCCAUUUUGUCACAUCUAGAGUUUCUUUGGAGGUUUUUCUUUGCAUAUGUUGUCUAAUUAUGUAACGAUGAAUGAUUGUUUAAAAUGCUUUAUUAAACUGUAUGUCUUUUGUCUUAUUUUCUUUUGUUGCGUUAAUUUUUUACUUCUUUAGAAAUGGCAAAAAUGAGUUUUAUAAUGUUUAAAUAAUGGUUAAAAAUCCUGUAUGUUUUACUUAAUGUUGUUACCACGCUUAAGUGAAAUUAUAAAAAUGUAUCUAAUUAUGCCAAUAAAACAAUUUUCAAACAUUGAAGAAUAUGAAAAAUAUGUAUUGCAAAAAUUUGUGCACAUUAUAUGUAAUCAUUAAAAUAUAUGCAUUCAUUUCUUAUUGGAAAAUUUGACAUAGACUUUAUAGAAAAUAAAUUUCUAACCAACUCCCUUUAUUUACAUGAAAUGUUAAAUUCAGUAUUAUUUUUAUAAAUAAUGCUUUUGGAACUUACAGUAUUGAUAAAUCUCAAUUUGAGCAUGAUAUUUAUGAUAUAAAACCAUAAAAAGUUUGUUACAGGAUUUUUAAAUGUCAAGGUAGUUGUAUGAUAAUAGCAAAAUGAAAACACUUCCAUGUAAAAUACUUAAUCACUUUAGUGGAACUUAUUGCCAAAAGGCAACAGUAAAAAAGACAGGAAUCAGGCAUUCAACCAAUGAGUAACCUUUUAGAAACUAUGAAAGUAAAAAAAAAGUGAGAAAUAAGAAUAAAGGCAUUCCUGUGGCAUAAUCUUUGGUUUUCUUUUUAAAUUCAUUGGUAUAUUAAUGAUAGCAGCAAUGUUUUUGUUAGUUAAGAGACCUAAUUUUUUAAUUUCAUUUUUGAAUUGUGUCAUAACUGCGGUAAAAGCAAAACUGUCACUACUUUUUGUUAGAUUGAUGUGAUUUAUUUGUAACUGUUCAGUUUUAUUUGCAUAAGGACAUAUAAAUACAAAUAGUUCAUUAAUUUCCAGCAGGACCAUAUUUGACAUUGCAUUUUAUCACAAAAUGUGUGUUUAUAUAAUUUCGCUAAUGUAUAUUCAUGUGUACUUGAAAAAAACAUCAUACAUUUGAAUUAAAACCUUGUACAUUCUCA